CUUCCGGUCCCGCCGCCCCGGAGCCGGUGCGCCGUGAGGGGCCGCGUCUCGCCGCCGCGCCGCGGGGCCGGGCGUGGUGUUGGGCGCCGGGCUCGCCUCGCCUGUCUCGGGGGCCCAGGGUAAAGGAGCAGUAAUGCUAACUCUGGCAAGCAAAUUGAAGCGGGAUGAUGGUCUUAAAGGGUCCCGAACAGCAGCCACAGCUUCAGACUCCACGCGGAGGGUUUCUGUGAGAGACAAGCUCCUGGUGAAAGAGGUUGCAGAACUUGAAGCUAAUUUACCUUGUACAUGUAAAGUGCAUUUUCCUGAGCCAAACAAGCUUCAUUGCUUUCAGCUAACGGUGACCCCAGAUGAGGGUUACUACCAGGGUGGAAAAUUUCAGUUUGAAACUGAAGUUCCUGAUGCGUACAACAUGGUGCCUCCCAAAGUAAAGUGCUUGACCAGAGUCUGGCACCCCAACAUCACAGAGACGGGGGAGAUAUGUCUAAGUUUACUGCGCGAACACUCGAUCGACGGCACCGGCUGGGCUCCCACGCGGACGCUGAAGGAUGUGGUUUGGGGAUUAAACUCUUUAUUUACUGACCUUUUGAAUUUUGAUGAUCCACUGAAUAUUGAAGCUGCAGAACAUCAUUUGCGGGACAAGGAGGUCUUUGUACCUUGGGGACAUUAACCCUUGGCCUGUCACUUGUGCAAACACCAGCCUGGCCUCUGUCAGAUUAACGACCUUCCCCAUUAGCCUGCAUUUCUACCUUGCUGUGUUCCCAGUAAGACAUCUGAUUAAGGAGCCUAUUUACCUGGGAAUAAAACACAGAACUAUUGGGAAGUAAAGAGCAAAUUCAAGAAAACCAAAGUUGAUGUGUGUGGUUCUUGAAUGUCCCCAGGCUUGAGUGGCCUGGGCGCCAGGGCAUCUGCAGUGCUGACUGUGGUAAAGGAGGCAGGAAGGGCCUCCAGGGGGCAGGCGUUGCCUGGGUGAGGGGGUCUGAAGAGGACUCUUCAGUCGGGCCCCUCAUGCUGAGUGCAGCCAGCAGCAUCACAGCAUCUCGAGUCUGGGGGUGGCGGGGCCUGGCCUGGUCUAAGCACGUCAGCCAAAGCGUAGAGCACGGUGUAGUCGGGGAGCCCAGAGCCACACUGUGAGAUGGGCUUGUACAGGCUCCGAAAGUGUAGCGCUCUAAGAGCCAUCCGCUGGGGUCUAGCCGUCCUAACCUCAAGAGGAAUUGCUUCUUUUUAUUUAAGACCUGCUGUGUGCUGGAUACCGUGUGGGCUUUACAUGGGCGUGUCUGACCUCAGCAAGCCCAGGAGCAGAAGCCUGGGAGCUCAGGGAACUGCCACUGGGGAGGGGUUCUGCCUGGGUGCGGGCUCCUGUCAGAAGUGGGCAGAGAGCCCCCCGGCCUGUGCACAGGUGCAGACCCCGAGAACAAGUGCUGGUGCAGCAGUGACAGCGAGUCACACAGCAUGGCUGGGGCUUGGCGGGUGGCUCUGGGUGGGCAGAGGAGGCUGGCUGGGGGCUGGCGUCCUGCUGAGGCGUCGGCUCUGUGCCCAAAGGCCGGGAGGCUGGAGGUCCUUAGGAGGAGCACCUGCACGUGAGGUGGCUCGAGCAGUGGGCAGCGCCCUCACUGUGCCCUCAGCUGUCAGACCCACUCUCCGUGCUGCUCCAGAGGGGGCCUGUGUGCCCGCCCAGCCCCCUGCCAUCUCGUCUCGUGUCCCCUCACUGACUGCUUCACUUGGACCGUGCCUUACAGGAGUGUCACCUGCAGCACCGCCCCUGCCCCUGGCUGCUUCCCCCCUGACCUAAGGCUGUUCACCCACGAGGCAAGGCCCGGCUCAGGGUGCACACACCUGCUUUCCUGCUGUCCUCACGGGGCCUGGUGGCCUUUGGUGAAGCCGCGGGUUCUGUGCUCUGCCGAGGAGCUCCCGACAGGCGCGUUCUCCAGCCCUCAGGAGGAGGCCUGCUCAGGCUGCUCCUGGCCCUGCCCGGCGGGCCUGGUGGCUGUGCCUGGGGGUGGCCUCGCCUGCCUGGGGUGGCCCUGGUUCUGAAUCCUGGAGAAUGAGAGCUCUUGUCAGAUAACGACAGGGAAUGUGCUUUCACCCGGGCGGAGAAAGACUUGUGUAAAAUUUUUUCUUUUUACUUUUCUUGGAAAUUUGUUUCUUAAAAUAAGGGACAUUUUGUGAUUUCUAGACUUAAGGCUCAGUAAAAUGGACCCAUCCUCCCCCGUCACACUCCAACCUGACUUCCGCUGCGCCCCAGCUCCCAGCGCCCUCAUGCUGGAUCGUGAGCACAGAAACUGAACCUUCUACGUAGUUUAUCUUGUAGGAUCCUUUCUUCAUUCCACAAGUAGAAUGUGGAGCUAAAUGCCGGAGAGAUCAGGGAACACAGCCCCCCCGUCCCCAUGGCGCAGACUUUCUAGCAGGGUAGGGUAAAUGCGCGUGCGCACACACGUGUUGUGGGGCAAGCGUUGGUGUCAGUUUUUACGUAGGGGAUUGGAGAGGUCCUGUGUGGAGAGUGGACCUAGUGGAUACUGGGAGCCUGUUCUGGAAGGUGAGCACCUGGUGUGCAGGCCCUGAGGCGGGACCACACAUGGGGGUUCAGGGAAGGGGGCGGGGGGGCAGCAGUGACGCGGUGGAGCGGCAGCCUGGACGGGCCACACAGGUGCCAGGCUGCAUUGCCAUUGCCUGCGGCAUUAGAAGGUGCCAUAGGAUGCUGGCUCAGGAUACCUCCCUGGGGGGUCCUGUGAUGUCCCUCUUGGCUGAGAAGCGGGGCCACUGAGGAGUCAGCCUAGCCUGUUGCCCAGCCAGUGGUGGCAGAGCCCAGGAGCUGAGCCCAGGCAGGUGGCUGCAGAGCCGCCGGCUCACGCCAGAGUGUCCUCCGGAGCCCUGGACCCGGGCUUCAUCCUGGCAGAGCUGCUCAGGGCAGGAGGCGUGUGGCAGGCAGCCUCUUCUCUCCCGAGGGCAGAAGGCAGGGCCCGGCUGCUGUUUGUAGCAUCUGAAUUUCACAUCCUGUGCACUUUGCUGCUUUGGUGGCCCUUUGUGAGCUGAUGGGAUUUUCUGGCUCCUGGGCACCAAGGAAACGAUCUCAUCAAGUUUUUGCUGGAGGCAAGUUGGGGUUUCUCCACACCCCUUUUUGUUGCCAAGGGCAAAGGGCCAGCGUCAGAGCCUGUGAGUGGGUCUUAAGUGAGUGGAGGGAUUUGCAGUCAGCCGGCAGCCCACCACUUUGUCACCCCAAGACUGUGAACAAGUAGCUGAACCACUCCCAUGGCUUCGAACCUGGGGACCCCCAGCCUUGAGAGGGUCGCUGAGCUCCAUGGGUGGGGAGGAAGGCCUGCGUCUGCCUUCAGACUUUCUCCGCCAGAGAGAGGCAGUGCGGGCUUGGGCCCUGUGCGGGAGGGCACCACGUCGGCAUCCUCAGGCUGUGUUCACCGCCACCGGCACGGACUUCAGGCACCUGCUGUGCCCUGUGCCCCACACCAGAUGUGAGGAAUGCACAGAGACGAUGGCAGGCCCCUUUGGCAGGGCUGCACACGCGAGGAGACGGUGUGGCGUGUCCCGCACACAGUGGAGCUGCGUGGCUGGCACCCAUUACCUGAUGGGCUGAGGCAGUGUGGCUGGGGGGCCUCGGAGAAGAGGGGUUAAGAGCAGAUGGUCGGGCCAUGUGGCGCCCCGUCUCUAUGGUGGAGCUCUGGGCUGCUGGUGGGGACCCAGGGUAGGCGCUCUAAGGGCCCGCCAGCCCCAAGGGCUGUGUGUUCAUUCCUGCAAGCCCAGAGGACUUUGUUCCUGACCUCAGGGCGGGUGGUGGCCCAGAUUCGAGAAGCCCGGAUGGUUCCUUUUCUCACAGGAGGCAGUGUCGCCAGGGCACCUUCUGCUGUCCGUGGGAGACGGGAGCUCCACAGCUUCCUCCUGGGCAGCCCUUGCCCUGCUGGGGCUGUGCUGGGGCUGGGGGAGUGGACCCUCGGGACAGGCGGUGAGGCCAGGGAAGCCAUCUGGCAGGGUGGCUCUGGAACCCAGGGUCUCCGGAGAGCAGCAGCAUGUGGGACAUGCUGAGGUGGGGAGAGUCCUGGCCUGACUCGUGAUGUGGCUUUGAUCCCACUUGUCUGGGCCAUGCUCUCCCCUUGCAGAUGAGGGAGACAGUGCGCUGCCCCCGUGCUCCUCCCACCGCACAGACCCUCGCCCAGCAGGCCCCAGGGUUGGGGUGGGGAAGGGGGAGGGGCGCUCAGACCCUGCAGGCUCCCCAGUUAGCCCUUUGCUUUAGUGGGUCUGACGUGUUCCUGAAGUGUCGAUUCCCUCGCUCUAACUCACUCUUCCCUUCUCUCCCCGG